AUGCUGGGCUGCUUGGCCCCCCGGCCUCUGCCCUGCGGACCAGGCCGACGGCCGCUCCCCUGGAGGACCAGGAGAAUCCGGAGAAGUCAGCACCGGGAAGGUGGCGCCCCCGGGGCUCCGUGGGGGUCCUCUCGCGUGGGCGGCAGGGCCAGGCCCAAGACACGACUGGCUGCACCCCUAAAGGACCUUCCGGUGAAGGAUGAGCCCGUCAGCAAUCUGCCGCUUUGGAAGGAAAUCAGCCAGCAGGCCUCCAUCACCGUCCAUGUGGACGAAGCCGCACAGCCUCAGAAGCCACCGCCCCAGCCCAGAGCCACCGAGCGCGAGGAUGAGCUGGCUUUCAACACGGCCAUGGCUUUGUCUGACACACGAAAGCCGCUGGUGCCUCUUGAUUUUCCCACGCAUGGUAGUUUUGAGUCCCCGCGCACCAUGGACAUGUCAAUCGCGCUGGAAGAGGAGGCGCCGCCCAGUGUGAAUGAAGUGCCGGAGUCCCACGCCGACAUCCACGCGCACCUGCGGGAGGUGGUCAAGUGCAAGCCCAAAGCGGGCUACUGGAAGAAGCAGCCCGCCGUCACCAACAGCAUGGGGGCCAUCCUGGUGGACUGGCUGGUGGAGGUGGGGCAGGAGUACAAGCUGCAGGACCAGACACUUCACCUGUCCCUCAACUGCAUCGACCACUUCCUGUCCGCCAUGUCCGGGCUCAAGGGGACGCUCCAGGUCGCGGGCACGGCUGCCAUGCUGCUCGCCACCACAGUCCCCCAAGUGGGAGAGUUUGUGUACAUUACAGAUGAUACCAAUUCUAAGAAACUGGUCCUGCGGAUGGAGCACCUGGUCCUCAAGGUCCUUGCUUUCCAGUUUCUCACGCAGUACUUCCUGCACCUGCAGCCCGCGAACAGCAAGGUCGAAAGCCUGGCCAUGUUUGGGGGGAAAUUGUGUCUGAUAGACGCCGACCCGUACUUGAAGUACCUGCCGUCGAUGAUGGCGGGAGCCGCCUUCCACCUAGCACUCUACACCCUCACUGGGCAGAGCUGGCCCGAGUGCCUGGUGUGGAAGUCGGGCUACACCCUGGAGAGCCUGCGGCCCUGCCUCCUAGACGCGCAGCAGACCUACCUCCGCGCGCCGCACGGGCAGCAGUCCAUCUGCGAGAAUCACCACAGCGCCAAGGACCAUGGAGUCUCCCUCCUCAACCCGCCAGAGACGCUGAGUCCAUAG